UAAAGGGACAAUAGGCAGCAGCUAGGCAGGCAAGAUAAAGUUACACAAAGCCGCCAAUAGGGGUCUCUCCCAUCUUUAAUGAUGUCAACACUUGAAAGCUUGAACGAGGGAUAUGUUUAAUGGUGAACCUGUGAGCCAGUGCCCUUACUGUGCAUAUUAGUCACCUGAACUGAAGAUGGCCUAUUUAGGCUAACCCCCUGCUCCUGCCUACAGUCCCCCUUAGACAUGUUUUGAGGACACAUUUCUCGAGAAUUUCCUCUCAAGCUGGUACCUGUUUGCCAAACAUGCUGAAGAUGAGUGGGCUCCCCAAAUACAGAGCUCUACACCAAAAUGUUGUUCACGGAAACUUCAAUGAUAUCACCCCCUUGGAGAUCAGUGAAAUGGUGGUGUCUCCGUGCAUGAGAAGGUCACUUCUCCAUUCAGUAGAAUCACAGUUGGAAAGAGAGGACAAUGCUACAAGACUCUUGAUUCUUUCAAUUCUUUCAAACAUGUUUGAGGUAGAGAAGAUGAAGCUAAUUGAAAACCAGAACCAUGAUGUCUAUAUCAUGUGCCAAAAGCUGCUCGCUGAUGAAGCGCUUUUUAUGUUGUUGGUUGAAUAUCUCAAAAGUGAAGAUCGUUUUUUAAUCCAUGCCAGUAGUAAAUGUCUUGGAAGUCUCGUUGGAUCCCUUGAUGAUGAGGUUCUUCUGAAAAAAAGAUGCAAGCUCCUUCUAGAGAUCUGUCUGUCAACCGAUGCCGUGGAGGAACGUAACAUCUACUUCUUGGUAUUUUCACAUAUAUUGUCUCAAAGGAAUUCGACCCUGUCUGCUAAGAAUACCAUACUCUCAAUGCUGCAAAUUGAUUGGGAACAUUUCCUUAAUAAGACAAUCUCCAAGCCAUUUUACAAGUUAGAUAGUGGUGACAAUGUUGUCGAAACCUACAGUGCAGAUGAGACUAUGCCCCUUCUUAUCUUGUGGAAGAAAAUAAUCAAAUGUGAGAUUGCUGGUAGAAAUACAAGUACCACCAAAGGACAACCUGAGGCAGUCACCGCCUUAACUCUUCUUAACAAAAAACCUUUCUUGCUUCUGAAUUAUUUUGAAAUAAGGCAUGAUCAUUUGGCUUUAAGAAAAGUGUUUGAUAUUCUGACGACUUCGUUCGGUCCGUAUGAAUUCAUGGACAGGCAACAAGAACAGUGUUGCUGUCUUGCAGAAAGUUUCUUGCAAAAGGUGCUGCAUGGGGUGCUAGGAUCUCUACCGAACAAUUUCCGCAACAUUGGAUUUGGAGGAUCAUCUUUCGUUGAAGCUGGUGACGGAAAUGGUGGGACAUGCGAUUUUGUCCUGUUGAGGAAAGUCUGCCUUGCUGUUUUGAAGUGUGCUGCUGUCCACAACCAGCGAGGCAACCAUAGCGAAGCAGUUUUGAAGUCACUAAAAAUCCUGGAGGAGUACUUUCAAAUGAUUCUACCUUUACCAGAUGCCAGCCUAAAGUUGUCAAUAUUCCAUUUGUUUGUGGAGCAGGAUGAUGGGCUAAUUGCUGCUAUAUUGUUGGCACUCUUUGUUUAUCAGCAGUUGGGAAAAAAACAAAAUGGUGUAGAUGAAGAUGUGAUAAACAGCAUCAAACCGCAUGAAAUGUUCCUUGAAUUCCUUGAGAAUGUUUCCUUCGACCACAGCAUCUUACUCGACUAUCUGACAUCACCCGAGACCUGCUUCCUCACAUACCUGACAAAAUAUCUGCAGUUGAUGGCGGCAGAUUGGGAUAGAUUCAUAAAAACAACAAAAAAGUAUUUUGGCAAAUUGGUCAUUGAAAAUGAAUCUGAUGGAAGUGCUGAUGCUCAUAUUGAUGACUCUGAGUCAGGCGUUUCAUAUCAGAGUCAGGAUUCAAAAUUGGACGGGCACUUUAGCGCAUUUCUGGCCAAAGGAGAACAGAGUUUGCGUGAUUGUCCUGGCAGCUCUUUUGAAAGCCAACUAGAUGUUCAUCAUUCAGAAACUGCACUAUUGCCUGCAAAAUUGCAAGGCAAUGUGCUUGGCCUGGUUGCCUAUAGUAGCAGUAAUUCGGACUCUGAAUUCCCUGGCUGUGAAAGUACAGAUGAUUUGGGUUUAGAAAAGAUUCAACUUUCCGAUUCUGCUUCUGCUGAUAAUAAACUUACUCAAAGUAAAGAAUCUGAACGUGAUGUUGAAUUCAAAAUUCCCACCCCUUGCUUUGAAGUAGAAGACCUUGAAAAGGAAGAAAGUAUGUCAGAAAGCAGCAUUGGUGAACUAUCAAAACUUUCUGCUGAUGAUUUCCAAGAAGAAGGCGGUUGUAUGUUAAGCAAUAACAUUUUAGAUCAGACAAUGGCGACGUUGAUUAGACUUCGCAUGGCUGUAGAGAGACUCUAUUCGAAUGAUCUCUUUCCGUACAAUCCUACGGUACUUCUGAACCUUAUCGAAACUUGUGAGGAUUUGUAUGAGAAUUGAUUAACCUUGAUAACUUUUGCUUGGUGUUGGCGGCUCAGCAAUGGUAUAUCAUUAGGUGAGUUGAAUUUAUUUUUUUUUAUGUCUAAAUUAGAUUGUUAGACUGUUACCGGCAUCUACGACGUGAUGACAUCACACAUUGCGAUGCAUACACCCCUACUAAUUUCAAGAAGUUGUGACAAAUAAAAUUCUGAUCAAAAACCA